AUGUUACCUGAGAAAGGCCCAGUCCUUGACGCUUCCGGAAAGGCUACCUCCACCGUUCAAGAACAAUCUGGAAGAAUCAACUUCACCCUCUACGACGAUGUAGUCCCAAAGACCGCAGAGAACUUCCGUGCUCUUUGCACUGGUGAGAAGGGUUUCGGAUACGAGGGUUCUGCCUUCCACCGCAUCAUCCCCCAAUUCAUGCUUCAAGGAGGUGACUUCACCCGUGGCAACGGUACCGGUGGAAAGUCAAUCUACGGUGAGAAGUUCGCCGAUGAGAACUUCGAGCGAAAGCACACCCGUCCAGGUCUCCUCUCCAUGGCCAACGCUGGACCAAACACCAACGGCUCCCAAUUCUUCAUCACCACCGUUGUCACCAGCUGGCUCGAUGGUAAGCACGUCGUCUUCGGUGAAGUCGACGAUGACUCCUUGAAGGUCGUCAAGGCUCUCGAGGCUACCGGAUCCGGCAGUGGAAAGGUUCAAUACAACAAAAAGCCAACCAUUGUCAAGUCUGGUGUCCUUUAA